AUGUCAACAUCUCCACUCAUUUCUGGUGAUUAUUCCUGUGAUCCACGGCUUGUCGAGCUUUUAUACACGUCCGAUCCUUAUGCUUUAUCUACUCAAUUAUCUGAUGAUCAAAUCCGUUUGUUAUUACCAUCCUUAACAUGGUUAGCCAUGCAAAAAAUUCCAAAAAGUCAUCGUAUUCUUCAAUCAGCUUAUUUAGUUAAAAUAAUAAAUCGUUUUAAUCAGACAGAUGAUGUUAUUCAAUUACUCGACUGUAAUUUUCAAGCAAUCAGUCACGAAUCAAAAAAAUUACAACGAGCAAGAUUAAAAUCAAAUAAUCCAUCGUCAAUAGAUACAUCUGAAUUUGGACAAGCAACAGUUCAAGAACGCUGUUUGAUUGUAACAAGUUUAUUAUUAGUAUCAUCAAGUGGAACAAAAACGACAAAGUGUCCAUAUUGUAAAACAAACCAACAACAAGAGCAACAGCUAUUUGAUGAUCAAACAUACAUGGAAUACUUAGGUGAUUUAAUGUGUAUAUUAUUACUUGAAUUAUCAUCAUUAUUCAAAUUUGAGACAUUUGUUCCACAAUUAUUGCACAGUAAAUAUGGCUACUAUUAUCUUUUCCGUCUUCUAUUGAAUAUUCCUUCAAUUAGUUUGACAUUAAUUGAAACAGUGGUUCGAACAUCAUCAUCUCUAUGUGGAACAGCAGCCACUGAAAUAGAUCAUGCUCGAUAUCAAUUAGUAUUAACCUAUGUUAAAUUAUAUCCAAAUUAUAAAAAUAGAAUAUUAAGAUUAUGUUUUCAACGAAAAACUCUAUUACUUAUUUUAUUAGAAUUAUUUGAUGAAUCAACAGUGAAUAUUUUAACUAGUGUUCUAACAGAUAUUAAACAUCGUCAUUGGUUUAAUAAAUAUAUGAAACAACAUAAUCAUCAAGAACUUAUCAGAACAUUAUUAACUAAAUUGUUUACAUUCUAUAAAAAACAAACAAAUUUAGCACCAACAAUAUUAAAAAUAUGCGGCAUUUUACAUAUUCAUUGUGAUGUCAAAUUUACACAGUCAGAAUUAUCUCAAUUAUUAAUGAUACUCACAUCAAUGUCAAACAUAACGUUGGCACUAUCAUUUCUAAUGAUAGUACCAACAUUAAUUGAAAGUGUUGAACAAACAGUUAUACAAUGGUUAAAACAUUCAUUAGAAAAAGAUGUAUCAGAAAAAUUAUUAAUGAUUGGAAUAUUUUGUUCGGCAAAUUAUCUUGAGCCUCUGAAUGCCAUAGUAUCAAAUACUCUUGGCUUUAAUUGUGUUAUUCGUCCGGGAACAUUUACUCAUUUACGUAAUUUAUUAACUCAAACAGUAUUUACAACAGAUAUUCUAAUUCAACGUUUUCCAUUAAUACCUGUAACAAAAAAUUUGAGUACAUCAAAACAGUCUUCUCAUGCAUUUUUACCUGCUCAUUUUAUUUGUCAUCUACUCUCCUCUGGCUCUUGUAAUUUACAUCAUGUCAAUAUGAAUAAAUGGAUUUAUGAUCAAAUUUUGUUAUGUGUCGAACCUGUUCAUCCAAUCAUGUUAACUCUUAUAAAUGAAUAUGUUCGUGCGUGUCUAAGACAAGAUUAUCCAUGGCAUUUAGAUCCUAUCUAUUCGAAAGAUAUUGAAGAUUUCUUUAAUGAUAAUCCAAAAAUAACAUUAAUAACAACAAAAACGUUGUUAUUGCUCUAUUUAUUAUCAUACGAUGAACAAGUUUUAAAAAUAAUACCAACAUCGACAAAUAUUCAGCGUUAUCCAAGAAAAUUAUUUGAUCUUAUUCCUAUGCCAUAUUUAGCCAUAAAAUUGACAGAUGAAAAUUAUAGUUCGAUUGCACCACAAUUAGGAAGAUUGAUGAUGGAACAAUUUCCGUAUGUAUUCUUGGCUGAUCACGUACUUUAUCUUGAAGCAGAUCGUUUUCAUCCACAAGAUGACCAAUUAUUACUGGAUGUAUUGGCAAAUACACUUGAAAAUGGUAUUAGCCGAAAACAAGCUGAACAAUGGCGUCGAUUAUGGUUUAGAGCUUAUGCUGUUAGCGGACAACAAUUAACAUUAAAAACCGCUCGUGUUUUGUUGAAGAAUUCAUCUUUGACAUACGAUAGUUUAUGUUCGGAUCCAAAUUGUCUUUUACGUUUUCCACAUUCAUUGUACAAUUAUUCUCCAAUUAUUCAAAUAAUAUUAUUUAUUAUGCGCGAAUUAUUAAUUGCUAGUCGAUAUCAAUUUGAUCGAUUUAUCAAUCUUAAGCAGCAACAGCAAUCAGCAGAUUUGAUUCGAAUUAACGAUCUUAAACCGGAACAAUUAAAAGAAUCGCUAAUACAUGCACAAGAAGGAUUAGUUAUACAAAUAUUGUUAGAUGCUCUAGAUGAAUAUGACAAGAUAGCCUCUUCUGCCGCUUGUCGUGAACUACAAGGCGUUAUAUGUUCAUUUAUUCAUCAAAUGUUCAUAUCGAAUCCCGUUUUAGCUAAACUUGUUCAUCUACAGGGUUAUGAAUCACAAUUAAUAAAACCCAUGAUUUAUAGUGUACCAUCAGCGCAUAUAUGUUUAGAUUUUAUACCACAAAUGUUAUCCAGUAACGAUUUAAACAAACAGAUAUUUGCAUUUGAACUAAUUACUGAAUUGGCACAAUUUUAUCCAAUUAAACGUGCAUUAUUAGUGACUAAAUUAUCAUUACAAGUUUAUGCGACUUUACUACGAGUGUUGCCAUUUGAAUCUCGUAUACGUUUCUUCUGUCGCACAUAUCGCUUUUUAACUAAUCUGAGUUCAAUAUUUCCGCCAUUAACACAAUAUUCAAUAUUUGUUCUUCAACAAGCAGCAAGAGCCUGUUCAUUGCCACCAUCUAGUUUACCUAAAUUAACCUGGUCAUCCGAUGAUUUAUCUAGUCCAAGAAAUAUUGGUGUAUGA